CAAAGUAACGGAAGUUCUUGUAAAAUAAAGAAGCAAAUUCUGUACAAAUCUUUAAAAACAUUAAAGUGAAAUUAAAAUAAAUAAUAUGUAUUGAAAAUAGGCAUUAGCAGCAUUAAGGAUGAAAUCAAAUACUGGAAGCAGAAGUUGGGCCAAAAGUCCAGUUCCCGCUUAGAUCGCGAGACCGCGCAAAUUUUCAUUGGAGUGCUGGAAAAGAUUGAGCAAAAAAUUGGCUCAAUUGAUAAUGGAAGCAAUCGCAUUGAGGAGUUUCUCGACCAUGCCCACAACAGUCUCGACGAACUGUGGCGUCUGCCCUACAAUUAUCCGCAACAACGAAUGGCCGACUUGUUGGACAUUAUGGGCAAUCGCCUGCUGGAGGCGUGUCUGCUGCAACUGCAUGCCGAGGACAUCUGGAGUCUGGCCUCGUACAAUGUGAACAAUCUGAUGGGACAGUGCAUGGACACAGUGGACGCUUGGAUGCAAUUGUGCGAUUCGUUGACGCGCCUCUUUUGGCCCAACUAUGUGAAGCAUCCGUGGUUGGGGGAACCGCAUGUGCCGCGUCGUGGGCAGCAGUUCAAGGCGCGUCUGGGGGAAAUACGCAGCAUUAAACAGCUGUAUAAACAGAUUGCCACACUGCUCAACGAUGCCGAGUUGCAGGAAAUGUUCCAAGAGCAGGCGGCCUUUAGUGAUUUCAAUAUAUUCGACACCACGCCACCAGGGCAAAGCAAAUGGAAUAAGGCGCUGCAGCAUUUCGAGCUUGUGCUUCAACCCAUCGAUGAACGCAUUGCUGCCGCCUUAAAAUCCCAGCUGCAUUAUCAUCUCAGCAAUCCACGCCAGGUCAUCUACAUAUUCAGCAAGUACGAGAUGCUCAUCCAACGUCCUGCGGUGUUGGAGCUGCUCAGCAUUGAGCGCGAACAGUUUUUGCAGUCGUUGCAUCUGCUGUUGCAGGAUUUGCGCAAAGCGAUGACGGACACCAACAUGGAACCGGAUACGGGACACUUGUCGGUCAUUUGCAACGAGUGCCGCUGGCUCAAGGUGGUGCAGCAUCAGAUACAGGAGAUUGAGAAGGUUAGCCACUUGAUAAGUGGACGCGAAGGCUUUGAAAAGAUCAACAAAGCGGUGCAGGAGAUCAAGGAGGAGACGGAGUCGCUGUUGCGCACCAACUUUGAGAUCUGGUCGGGUCAAUGCUCCACGGCUGUGAAGAGUGGUGAACUAAGACUUCGCGAUGAUCAGGCUGUAGUCAAAUUCGAAAAAGAAGGACGUCAAUUAAUGCGAGUCACCUUCAACCCCAAGCUCGUAACAUUUUGUCAGGAUGUGCGCGAGUUUGAGAAUCUGGGCUACAAUGUGCCUCUCGAGCUGCGUUCUGCGGCCACACACGCAGCCAAAUACAUGUGCUAUGCGCGACGUUUGCAGCAGAUUGCCACCUUUCAUAAUACCAUUGGAGAUCGCAUGAUUCCUUGCCAGCGUCCCAUUAUGCUGAAGAAUGCGCUGGAGCUGCAGCGUCUGGUGCAGAGCGAAACUGUUGCCUGGCAGGAUGAGGAGUCGGUGCAGCGUUAUGUCAACACUCUGCAGCAGGCAGUGUCCAAGCUGUCCGCGGAUAAUACGUUGCUUGUGGGUUACCAUGAGCAGGCGAAGCGGACAGUCACCAAACUGAUGGACACAGAUCUGAUGACGCAAAAUCAAGUGUGGAAGGAUGAGCUGCGUCACUUGCGUGAGCUGCUGGCGACGUUGGAGCGUCAGGGUUACACGAAUUUAGAUGCCUUUAAGCUACACUGGGAUCAUCAGCUGUACAAGGUGCUGGAGUAUCAAUAUAUACUUGGCCUGCUCGAUAUGAACAACAAAUUGCCCGAUGUACACAUCAAGUUGGUGCUGCGCCAGCGUGAACUCUGCUACAGUCCGCCGCUGGAGGAGAUUCGUGAGAUUUACUUCUCGCAGCUGCGACGCUUCAUCGAGCGUCCGAGUAAUUUUCAUGGACUCUCCGAGCACAGCGCUGCGUUGUUCCAAUCGAUGGUCACCUUGAAUCGCCAUCACUUUGGACCGUUGUAUGCGCGAGCAGCGGAACUCUUUGACAAGCUGGAGGAUUUCAAGAGCAUCUGGUUGCCCUGGAUUGCCUUGGGCUGUGUGGACAUCGAGCAAUUGUGUGGCAUUCAUUUGAACGAAGCUGCAGAUUGGGAUCGCAAUUUCCGAGCUUGCAAGCAGUUUAGUCAACAGCUGGCGAAGCUGCAGCAAUCGGAGGAAUCCAUCGAUUGCAUUGUGAUCAAUGUGCUGUCGCUGCGCACGGACAUUGAGUACUUGAGUCGUCGCUACUGGGAAGCUUUGGCCAACAGCUUGCGCACCUCGAUCCUCAACGAUGUGAGUGUGGUGCAGGAAUUUCUGCAGAAUGCGCUGCAAUUCCUGCAGAACGUGCCCAUGGAUGAGGGCAGCAUCAGUCAGUCGGGCAUGAAGUAUGAGAAAAUAAUGCAGGAAUUGCCGCAAAUUGCCAACACGUUGAUGCUGGUGCGUGAGAAGGAUGCCUGCUUAGCUGGUUGGUGCAAGGAACGUGUCACAGCCUUAGCUGCCAUUAUGUUGCAGUGGGAGCAACUGCAGCCACUGCUCGAGAAUCAUGCGGUCUUAUUGCAGCGUCAGGUGGACAUGAUCAAGACGCAGGCGCACACACAGCUGCAGAAUCUGCGUAAUGAGGCGGAUAAGUUUCUUUUACGUUGGGAAUCCACAAUUGCAGAGCUGGAAUCCAACGAUCAGGCGAGCUUGGAGCUGUUCAAAGAGCGUCGCGAGCACUGGCAACAAUUGCAGACCAAGAAGCAACAGCUGCUCGACGAAUGCAGCAAAUUCAACAUGGAAUUCCCCGAGGAUGCAUUGGCGUCCUUCACCGCCAUCGAUGAGCAGCUGGCGGAGCAAUCCAAGCAGUGGCAAGUCUACGAUAGUUUUCUGGCCGAACUGCAGCCCAUAUUGCAGGAGGAAUGGGCCAUCUAUAGACGGCGUCCAUAUGUUCUAAACGAGUUCAUUGCACGCUGGGAGAGCUCAGUGCAUGCCUCGAUUGAUCUGCCCUCGAAACGCAUUCGCCAGCAGGUGGAGCGACUGCAGGCCACGUUGCCCAUUCUGCAGCAGCUGCAAUCGGAUGCGUUGAGCGAACGCCAUUGGGCGCACAUCUUUCAACUGCUGAAACGCAGUCAAACGAAGCCGUUGCAUGCCAUGUUGCUGCAGGACAUCUUGCUGGACAUGGACGCACUGCAAGCGGCGGCGCCAGAGAUUAACAGCAUUGUGCGGCAGGCGGCAUCCGAACAGAUUGUGCGCCAAGCGCUCGUGGAACUGGAUCAAUGGUCGGUGACGGCGCAACUGAAGCUGAUUGAGCGCACCGAUGCUGCUGGACAGACAAUGUCGCUGAUUAAAGACUAUCAGGAGGUGCUCAACAAGAUUGGCGACAAUCAAUCGUUGCUGCAGUCUGCCAAGAACUCGGCGGCCUUUGACAGCUUCUCCGAUCAGGCGGGACUUUGGGAGAGUCGUCUCAACACGCUUGACGUGCUCUUGACUAGCUUAAGUCAUUCACAGCGACGUUGGGUCUACUUGGAGCCCGUGUUUGGCGCUGGCACUUUGCAGCAGGAGCACGCUCUAUUCAAGCGCAUCGACAAGGACUUUCGCUUUGUCAUGCGUGAGAUUCAAAUGGAUUCACGCGUCACUUCACUGCUGAAGAUCAACAACAUUAGCACCAUUGUCAACGCGCUAGAAACGCAACUGGCGAGAUGUCAACAGAACCUAAUGAGCUACAUUACGGACAAACGCAAUUCGUUCCCUCGCUUUUACUUUCUGGGCGACGAUGAUCUGUUAGAGUUGCUGGGACAGGCAGCCAAGGACGCGGAGAUUAUCAAGCGACACAUACGCAAGCUCUUUCCCGGCUGUCACAGUCUGGCCAUCGAACAGUCGCCCACAGGAAAACACUAUCGCAUUCUGGCCGUGCACAGCGCUGAUGGCGAUGAGCUGCGUCUAAGCCAAGCGGUUGACAUGACGGGCGACAUAGAGCGUUGGCUCAAUCAACUGAUGCUGACGAUGCAGGAGACGCUGCGCAGUCAAAUCAACGAGUGCUACAACAAUACGAACGGAGCCAGCGACAAUGUGAACGAACAAUUGUUGCAGCGUUAUGUUAGCCAAGUGUUGGUCACAACGCGAGCAUUGCAUUUUACGCGACAGGCGGAAAAAGCCAUUGGCAGCAUGUCGCUGGCGAAGCUGCAACAACAGCUCAAGGCGGAGAUAACCCAUUUGUCGGGAAUGAAACAACGCACGACGACGACAUCGGCGACAACUGGAGGCAGUUUGAUAUGCCUUAAGCUGAGUGCUUUGCUGCUGGAUCUGGUGCAUUAUGUGAGUGUUGUGGAGCUGCUGCAGGCGCAUAAUGUGAUGCAUGCUACCGACUGGCAUUGGCUAAGUCAACUGCGAUAUUACAUGGACAGCGGGAUCGGGAGCGGAGGGAGCGAGAAGCUUCGGGUGCGAAUGGUAUAUGCUGAAUUUGAAUACGCCUACGAGUUUCUGGGGCAUGCCAAUAAGCUGGUGCACACACAGUUGACACACAAGUGUUAUCUCAUACUCACCCAGGCCAUGCACAUGGGACUGGGCGGUAAUCCUUUUGGCCCAGCUGGCACUGGCAAAACCGAAUGCGUUAAGGCAUUGGGCGGCAUGCUUGGACGUCUCGUGUUGGUUUUCAAUUGCGAUGAGAAUGUGGACACUGAAUCGAUGAGUCUAAUCCUCACUGGGCUGGCGCGUUGCGGUGCCUGGGGCUGCUUUGACGAGUUCAAUAGGUUGCAGGAGGCCACUCUAUCAUCCAUAUCAAUGCUCAUUCAGCCCAUCCAAACGGCACUCAAGGACAAGUCGGACACUGUGCAAAUUGGCGAACGAAAGGUGCAACUCAAUCAGCAUUGCGGCAUCUUUGUAACCCUAAAUCCAGCGGGCGGUGAAUACGGCGGCCGCCAAAAGUUGCCCGGCAACAUUCAGGCGCUCUUUCGACCCAUUGUCAUGCAACAACCUGAGCCAGGAGAGAUUGCUCGUGUGAUGCUGUUUGUGGAGGGCUUCGCGGCGGCCGCGAAUAUUGCGGAGCGUAUUGUGGAGCUGUUUGAUUUGUGCGGCAAAAUGUUGUCCGCCCAGCGGCACUACGAUUGGGGACUGCGCGAAUUGAAGACGGUGCUACUCGUCUGCGGCGAGGGACUCCGUGCGCAAUUAGCGACGACGUCGUCGUCUGCGUCUGUUAAUGAGCAGCGUGCGACAAAUAUGGAGCAUGAAAUGCGCAUUGUGGUGCACUGUCUACGCUCAUCAACCAUGUCCAAGUUGGCACAACAGGACGUUGAACGCUUCGAGAUGCUGCUGUUGAAUGUAUUUCCGGAAAUUGGCAUCACAGCGACGCCAUCAACGCCACUGCAACAAGCGCUCGCUGCCGCUUUUGCGCCACUUGGUCUUUCCCCGAAUGACCGACAAAUCGAGAAGGCAUUGCAAUUGCAUGAGCAGCUCCAGAAGCGAAUGGGCGUCGUACUCGUGGGUCCGCCGGGUUGUGGAAAGUCAAGCAUUUUGGCGCUGCUGCGUCAGGCAUUGACCGCAACAAUGGGCACUCAAUUGCGCGUCCACACCAUCAGUCCCAAGUCGAUGAGUCGCGUUCAGUUGCUCGGCCGGCUCGAUACGGAUACGCGGCAGUGGCUAGACGGUGUGCUCACCCACACGGCGGUGGUUGUCAAUCAGGAGGCGGCUCACGUGCACUCUUGGAUUGUCUGCGAUGGCAGCAUCGAUCCCGAGUGGAUAGAGGCUCUAAACUCGGUCCUUGAUGAUAACAAGCUGCUCACUUUGCCUUCAGGCUGGCGCAUUCAAUUUGGCAACAAUGUCAACUUCAUAUUCGAAACGGACGAUGUGCGUCACGCCUCCCCGGCUACCAUAUCACGCAUGGGCAUUGUCAACAUGAGCUACGACUAUUAUCCUUUGCAGGAGAUGCUUAAGCACGAGCUGAGCAAGGAGCCUUAUGGCGAUCUACUGCAAAGCUAUGUUGAUGGCAAUUUUCGCAUAGCAGUUGAUUGGCUUGAAGCUGAACAUGUGCUAAGUCAAAUGCCCGGUAUCAGUCAAGUCAGCUUGCUGCGCUCGCUGCUGCUGCAGCUGCACAACAGUCAAUCGCUGGAGGAGUACGGAGCUGCGACACUGCGAGCACUGCUCGGCUACGUGCCUAGCGAGCGGCAUCGUGACUUUGCGCAACUUGUGCUGCAAAGAGCCAAUCUCUAUGUGGCACAGCCGAAUCAUGCCGAUCUCAGCUACUUUGAGCCGCAACGUAAUGCACUCGAACAGUAUGCGGUGGGCAUGAUUGAACCGCCCGAGCAAGAAAGUCAACUGAUAGUCACAGCGUAUGUGAAAUCCUAUUUGAAUAUCAUAGGAUCAAUGCUGGAGUUGCCCGCUGGCAAGGCGGCACCUUUCAUGUUGGUCGGACCAAGCGGAGCGGGCAAAACGCUGCUGCUGGAGCAGGCGAUGCUCGAUCACUCGGGCUAUCAACUGGCCAGCAUCAAUUGCUCCACCCAGCUGACGGCUGGCUAUGUGCUGCACACGUUGCGGACGCACUGCGUCACGGUGAGCGGUGUUCGGGGGCGAGAGUAUCGGGCGAAACAAUCACGUUUGGUGCUAUUCAUGAAGAAUCUGGAUCUGUGUCAACUGGAUGCCUGGGGUGCUUGUGAAAUUGUUGAGUUGCUGUUGCAGCUGGUGCAACGUGGUGGCUUCUAUGCCGACAAUCUGCAAUGGAUUACCGUGAGCGGAUUGCAAAUCUGUGCGUCCAUUAGCGGUAAUUUGCUGAAAAUUGCGCCCCGUUACUUGGCCAUCAAUCAAUACGUGCGCAUCGGCCGACCCACAAACUCCGAUAUGCUGGCCAUCGUCCAGUGUCGCCUCGAGCCGCUGCUCAAUGGACAUUUCAGUAGCAGCAGUAACGGAGGCAGCAUCAAUUUGCAGCAUGUCAGCGAAUGUCUAAUGGAGUGCUUCGAAAAGUUGCAGACGACUUUUACAGCCUCUGGAGGUCAGCAGCAGCAACAGCAGCAGGUUCACUAUCAGUUCAGCCCCAAAUGCAUUAUGAAGUUAUUGCAGUCGCUUCUCUUUUAUCCGCCCACGGACUUCAAUGAGGCUUUGUAUUGCGAGCUAUUGAGCAUGUUCAAGGAUCGACUUGCUAAUGAGCAACAUGUCCAGCACUUUGAGGCCAUACUCAAGCAGACUAUGCGCAAGUAUUUCGGCAAAGAGAAAGUCUACUUUGUGCCCAAGUCGCCCAAAUCGAAGGGACAACUGCAUGGACUAACGCACGAUGAGUGGCUCGAGGAGGUGCAAAGGCAGAUCACCAUAUGCAGUGAGUGCAACAUUGAUUAUACGAUUAACUAAAGUACAUUAAAUAAGUUUUAAAUUCGUCUUAU